AUGCUGCUGUGGAUUCUACUGCUGGCAGACCAGGCGUUGCAUUCUGCGUCGGCGCGUCAAGCCCCAGAUGGAGCUGAAGUGGUCAGUGCCUGCUUCUUCGCAUAUGUACUCAAGCUUGACAUGCCUGGUUCCAACCAUCAUACAAUCCGAGCGUCAGACUUCCAGCGAAAGGCAGCUGGCUUUUAUGCAGAUGCAGGAUCACCUCCACCAUUGCUGGAGGCGUACUGGAUUCUCGCUCUUCCAGAACACUUUCAGGAGGCAGUUCUCAAAGAAUGUCCAGCGAUGGUUGUCCUUGCGUAUUUUGUGGGUGCAGAAUCGAAGAUGUACACAGAGCCACCUAUGGCUGCCGAGCUGUCCAACAUCGGCUUCAGCUUGCUUCAAAGGAUGGAGAGAAGGACGCAGGAUUUGAUCCGGGAGUCUUGGCCCAUUGAUGCAGCGCUCAACCGGAUCAAGGCUGUUCAAGAAUCUAUCCAAAGGCUCAAAGAGACUCCAUUGCCCUCAGCUGGACUCCUCGACUUGGUCUUGGCAUAUUGUAAAGAGGACUUGCAAUGGUUGCAAGUGGCCUUGCCCCAGUGGCUACAAGGGCCUACCCGCCUCUUCAUAUACGAGAAGUGCGGGCAGGCAGCCGAGCUGGGAAGUCUGCCAGCGCACAUCAAGGUGCUGCGUGAGCAAGUAGUCGAUGGGCCACCAGGUGGACGGAAAGAUGAAUGCAGCGCAUAUUUGACUCACCUAUCCAAGAUUGUGACCAAAGACGUCGCUCUCUACACGCUGUUUCUGCAGGCAGAUGCGCUGAACCAUGUGUGGCCAUACUACUUGCACUUGGUCAUGAGAACUAUGCAGCUCCGGUCUCUGGAUGUGGCCUUUUUGCACCUGGGGCAGUCGCGCAUGGUCGCAUCCACAUCAGAGUGCAAGCGAGCCAUUUUCAAACAGGUCUUGGGCCGUGAGCAACGGCAAAUGGCCACUGGCUACUGCUGUGCCCAAUUCUUGGUCCGGCAGGAUUUGAUUCUUGGAAACAGAGAAGUUUGGCCUCGUGCAUUGAAGGCUAUGGACGAGCCUCUCCCUGUUGGCUGUGAGCAUGUGAGGCGUGGUUCUGGCAUGCACUGCCUUGUGUUCGAAUCCAUUUGGCACGCAAUGUUUGGUUUUCCAGAGUCCUUCACUCCACGAGCAGAAGACGUCACUCUUCCAUCCUGCUUAAGGAUUCCAGAGACUGAUGAAAGUGAUUUGCCAGACGGACUUCGCUCUACGUUUUAUUUGGAGAGGGCAACAGGCGAUGAUGACAUUUCCUGGCUCGAGAAGCUGAUGGCAAAGGAGUCCGAGGACAUGUCUGGAGCCAGGUGCGGCGGCCAAAUGAAGCAGCCAAAAGGAGAGCUGACCCAGGAAGAGUGGUGCAUUCCGCCUGGCUUUCAUUCAACUCCAGAGUUGAAAGAAACCAUCAAAUUCUGGCAGAAGUGUGCUAUAGUUCAACACACUGAGCGAGGAAUGAAGGUGCCAAGCAGAAUGAAGACGCUUGAAGAUCCGAGCAAGUGCGCAAAGAAAACGUACCCAAGAAAAGAGGUCCAAGACCUGUUCAAGUUCAUAAAGACUAUGAAUAAGCAGGCUACAAAGAGAACAGGACAGUUCCUGAAGCAGCUAGAGAAAAAGGAGGGAAAGGAGACAAAGCGCGAGACCCUCCUGAAGCAGGUUAAGGAUGUGGAUGAACUUAUGAACGAGGAGCUGCGGAAUGCCCGCAAGUUUGUCGAACGUCAAGAACUUUUUGAAAAGAAAUACAUGAUUGGCUCAAAGCUGGGAGAGCAGGGGCCUAAAAAGAAUGCUCUCAUUUUGAUCGAGCAGUCGGACAUUCAGAUGGCCUGGGUGGAUGAGGCAUGGCAAAGAUUUGCCAACCUUGACUUUCCUUUUUCGAGAAAGAAACUUGCGAUGGGCAAGAUGACGCUGAAGGAAGUGGACGUGAGGGACAAGCGGGUAUUGAUCCGGGUUGACUUCAAUGUGCCCCAGGACAAGAAUGAUCCGAGUGUCAUCACGAAUACUCAGCGCAUCGACGGGGCUAUGCCAACGAUUCGACAUUGCCUGAAGAAGGGUGCCAAGUCCGUGGUGCUUUGUUCACACCUGGGCAGACCAGAUGGCCAAGUUGUGGAGAAGUACUCCUUGGCACCUGUGGCCAAAGCAGUGGAGACGAUCCUUGAGCAAAAGGUCGUUUUCUUGAAGGAUUGCGUUGGCAGUGAAGUAGAGGCAGCCUGCGCCGAUCCUGAACCAGGUUCUGUCAUUCUCCUUGAGAAUCUGAGAUUUCACAUCGAGGAGGAAGGCAAGAAUGAGGCCAAAGAAAAAGCAGACCCUGAAAAGGUCAAAGAGUUUCGAGCCUCCUUGGCAAAGUUGGGAGAUGUCUACGUCAAUGACGCAUUUGGCACAGCCCACAGGGCGCACAGCAGCAUGCUGGGUGAGGGCUUCCCCUUGAGAGUAGCUGGCUUCCUGAUGGGCAAGGAGCUAGCUUCCUUUGGCAAGGUAUUGAAUAAGCCACGCCGCCCAGUCCUGGCUAUUCUUGGUGGUGCCAAGGUGAGUGACAAGAUCCAAUUGAUCAAGAACAUGCUGGACAAGGUGGACAUCAUGAUCAUUGGAGGUGGAAUGGCCUAUACAUUUCUGAAAGUCAAUGACGAGAUGAAAAUUGGCAACUCUUUAUUUGACGAGGAAGGCUCCAAGAUUGUCCCAGAUAUCAUGGAGAAGGCGAAAGAAAAAGGUGUAGAAAUCGUCCUUCCUGUUGACUUCGUAGUUUCGAGUGAAUUUGGAGAAAAAGGAGAAAUUAAGACUGUUACCAAGGCUGAAGGCAUCCCAGAAGGCUUCAUGGGUUUGGAUUGUGGUCCAGAAAGCCAAAGUUUGAACAGAAAGGCGGUGAAAAAGGCCAAGACAAUUAUUUGGAACGGUCCAAUGGGUGUCUUUGAGAUGGCCAGUUUUGAAGCUGGGACUAAAGUUUUGAUGGAUGAUGUUGUAGCAGCCACAAAGCGCGGCACGACUUCCAUCAUCGGUGGAGGUGACACAGCAACCUGCUGCAAAAAGUACGAGACUGAAGCAAAGGUCACUCACUGCAGCACAGGAGGUGGUGCUUCUUUGGAGCUCCUUGAGGGCAAAGACCUGCCUGGAGUCGCAGCACUAAGUGAAAAGGCACCAAGCACCUCAGACUACAGUGAUGACAACAUCUUCUCCAAGAUUAUUGAUGGCACUAUUCCGUGCUUCAAAAUCUUUGAAACAGAGGACACUCUUGCUUUCCUGGAUGCAUUCCCGAAAACGAAGGGCCAUUCUGUUCUGAUUCUGAAACGGAAGGGCUUCACUUCGCUGGAGAGCAUGCCCCCAGACGCUGCUGCAGCCUUUCUCAGUGAGCUUCCACGCCUUUGCAAAACAGUGAAGCGUGCUACUGGCUGCCAGGCAGUGAAUGUGAUUUCAAAUCUCGGAGCAGAUGCUGGCCAGAUGGUUUUUCAUCCCCAUGUGCACGUCGUACCUCGAUACAAGGAUGACAACAUGUUGACGAUGGGGCCGUCCUCGACCGAUAUGAUCGACAAGGAACAGGCUACAGAAACGGCCAAUGAGAUGAAAAAUGCACUGAGGUCUAUUAGGUCGAAGCCAAACAGGACUUCUCAGGAACUGCAGGCCUUGCGGGCAGAAAAUGAGACUUUGAAGGAGAAACUAGCAGCGCUGGAACCUUUGGUGGAAGCAGCCAGAGUAAUUCAGAGCAUAUGCCUCAGACAUCCUCACACUGAAGCCACGAGGAAUCGAAAAGAAUCGAUAAGAAUCGCAAGACACUUUCAGCGCAGGUUACAAGCCUUCUCCCCUACCUAA